UUAAUCUCCACAUCCAAGUUCCAACGAACUGAAAAGAACAUCAACACUUCCACUCACAGUAUACAAAAGCAAAGAUUCCAUGGGAGCCAAGCUUUCCAGCUGUUUCAACCACCGAAGCAGCCUCUCGCAGCAGGCGCACCAGCCGGCACCGGUCAGGAUCAUCGCCGCGGACGGUUCGCUGAAGGAGCUCCCGGCCAGCCCCCGCGUCACCGUCUCCGACGUUCUCGGCGGCGACGCCGUCUGCUCUUUCUUCGUGUGCAACUCCGAUGACCUCUACUUCAACGAGCCCCCACCGGCGCUUGCCGCCGGCGAGCUGCUCCAGCCGGGGCAGAUAUACUUCCUGCUCCCAGCGGCGGUGCUCGGACGACCGUUGUCGAGCGCGGACAUGGCCGCGCUGGCCGUGCGCGCUAGCGCGGCGCUCGCGACCAAGAGGCCGCAACGGCGUGCCGGCAAGAACCAGAAGGUGCGCGUCGUGCCGAUGCAAGAGCGGGAGCCGGAAGCCGGCGAAGACGUCCUGUUCAACCAGAAGGUUAACGAGCGGACGCUCGGGGAGUUGGUGCUGUCGAUAAGUCCCGCGAAGAAGAGAGACGAGAAGCUCGCCGAACGGUCGCGGCUGAAGCGGGCUCUGAGCAUCAUUCAGGAGAUGGCUGAGUGAAAGCAUCCCUGCACGAGAGAUAGCUAGAUAGCAUUGUUCUUUUUUUUUGGGGUCCUUUUCUGAACCAUUUUAUAUGAGGUUAAUAAGCCUACAUAUUUAAUUGGUUUUAGUAGAUUUAGUAGACAUGAAAAAAAUUUCCGGGAAAUAGGUUGUAAAUAUAUACCUCCCAGGGUGUGUAUGAUGCAAUAGGUACAAGACAACCGGAAUGCACAAAACUGUUUCUUGA